AUGCGCAAUAUAAUUUUUUGUGGGUUUUUUUAUUUUUGGGGCAAACGCACUUUAAAUGGCUUGAGGCAUCACUCAGUUUCUCGCUUGCCGUUGGAUACAAUGGACGCGAUCUGCAAGUUCUUAUCCAUUUUGUUUAUCUCGGCCAUUGGAAGUGUGCUGGGCGAGUUCUGCGAUCGGGGGACGGGCGAGUGCAAAGAAUUAACAGCAACGGACUGUCCCGCAGUAUUCUACAAUCUGCAAAUUAUCGGCUUCAACAAUGUCAAAUAUUGUGACGAGUUUAACGAUAUUGUUUGCUGUCCGCUUCCUCUGAAUGCGCAGCAAAAGAAUGUUAAACCUGUGGACACGACACGAAUGUUUGAGAAGGAAUGCCGUCGUUAUAAUGAUGUCAGAUCCUCAUGUCGCUCAACGCCCCUCAUUGUGGAUGGCACCAAGGCAGCCUCUCGUGAAUUUCCCUUCAUGGCCCUUUUGGGUAUCCGACAACACGGCAGCAACAGCAUAAGUUGGGACUGUGGAGGCACACUGAUCCAUCCGAAGUUUGUGCUAACUGCCGCCCACUGUUUGGCCACAACGGAGACGAAAGAACAGCGCCUCGAUCCCAACUUCAAAUCUGCCAAGUUUGUGGUGCGUCUGGGAGAACUUGACUACAACAGCACCGAGGACGAUGCACAACCACAGGACUUUCAGCUGGUCAAUUAUGUGGUGCAUCCCUCGUUCACAGAAGACGACGAUGGCGGCAUCCAUCAUGACAUUGCACUCCUCGAACUGGACAGAAAUGCCACGCUCAAUGAGUAUGUGACACCCGCCUGUCUGCCACCUGGCAGUGGAGAUGAACAUUUUAUUUUAACAGCCGCUGGCUGGGGACACACCAGCAACAGUGGACAGAAGUCAUCGCAUUUGCUCAAGGCUGCUCUGCAGCGUUAUAGCGAUGACAUUUGCAUGGAGCGACUUGAGAAUCGCAUCGUGCCUCGGACUCAAUUCUGUGCCGGCGCCGGCUCCAGCUCGAGCAUGGCGGACACCUGCAAUGGCGACUCUGGUGGCCCGAUCUUUGUGCAGCAUCCGAACUACAAUUGCCUUAAGCAGAUCAUUGGCAUCACUUCGUAUGGUCUCAUCUGUGGCAACUACAAGUUUCCCAGUGUUUAUACCAAGGUGCAUCUCUACACCGACUGGAUCGAGCAGAUUGUGUGGGGCAAUUGAUUAUGAAACUUAAGGGGACUAGAAAGUAAUGUUUU